AUGUGCUUCGGGGCCCGAACAAAAGAUGACAGCGGCGGUGCUCGUUCGCGCGAUCUCGACCGCAUGAUCCGCCAAGAUGAAAAGCGCCUGUCAAAAGAGGUCAAACUGUUGUUGCUGGGCGCCGGAGAAUCUGGAAAAUCUACAGUUUUGAAGCAGAUGAAGUUGAUCUACGCACAAGGCUUCAGCAAGAACGAAAAGCUCGAAUGGAAGCCAGUCGUGUUCAACAACAUUGUCCAAUCAUUCCGUUUGAUCCAAGAUGCCAUGACCGAGAUGGGAAUCGAGUUCAGCAACCCUGAAAAUGAGGCAAGUCGACCCCGAUAUGCUCCUGGUGACGUUAAUUGCAAGCACAUGGCGCAUAUCCUGGUGGAACACGAGAUCAACGCCCAAGAUCCUCUUCCGCGCGAUUACCUGCAACCCGUCAAGGAACUCUGGGUCGACGGCGGUGUCAAGCAGGCCAUUGCAAAGGGCAAUGAGUUUGCCCUCCACGACAACCUCGCAUACUUUUGCGAUGAUUUAGAUCGAAUUUGGGACCCGAGCUACGAACCUACAGACCAAGAUUUACUGCGCUCAAGACUGCGAACUACGGGCAUCACCGAGACAGUCUUCGAUCUGGGUCAGCUGACGUACCGCAUGUUCGACGUUGGUGGCCAACGUUCAGAGAGAAAGAAGUGGAUUCACUGCUUCGAAAAUGUCAACUGCUUGCUCUUCCUCGUUGCUAUCAGCGGUUACGACCAAUGCCUUGUCGAGGACAAGGACGGCAAUCAAAUGAAUGAAGCGCUGAUGCUCUGGGAGUCGAUUGCCAACUCUCACUGGUUCACAAAAUCUGCCCUCAUCCUUUUCCUGAACAAGAUGGAUCUCUUCAAAGAGAAGCUGCCUCACAACCCGAUUACAUCGCACGGCUUCACUGAUUACCAUGGUCCAGCCGAAGACUGGAAGUCCGCCAGCAAAUACUUUUUGGACAAGUUCCGCGCCCUCAACCGCAACACUGAGAAGGAAAUCUAUGGACACUUUACGAACGCCACGGAUACGAAUUUGCUCAAAAUCACCAUGGGCUCGGUCCAGGACAUGAUCAUCCAGCGCAACCUGAAGCAACUGAUACUAUAA